UACAUGUAUAUAAGUUUGUUAGGAAGGGAAGGACUGCUUGGCUAGCUUGAGUGAGACCUAUACUAGCAUAUAGUUUCGCCCUUAUCUCAUAUUCUUUUAUUCUUCUCAUGAUUAGAUCAAAUAGAUGGGGAAUUGUCAAGCAAUAGAUGCAGCUGCACUAGUAAUACAACACCCAAGUGGAAAAAUAGAGAGGAUGUAUUGGCCAGUGAGUGCUAAUGAAGUGAUGAAAAUUAAUCCUGGUCAUUAUGUUACUCUCAUUAUUCCACUCCCUAACUCUGCCUCUGGUCAGGAUAAAACUGUACGUUUUACCAGAGUUAAGCUUCUUCGGCCAACUGAUACUUUAGUUCUUGGCAGAGCAUAUCGACUUGUUACAACUCAAGAGGUGAUGAAGGUACUAAGAGCUAAGAAACAUGGAAAGAUGAGAAAGAAGCAGCAAGAAUUGAAGGAAAAAUCAGUGAAUCAGAGGUCAAGUGGUGAGCUUGAAGCUGGAAAUUCUGAACAAGACAAGGAUAGUCAGGCCAUAAAACAUGAAAGACAGAAGCGAAGGCCUCGGGUGUCAAACUCUGCUGCUGCAAGGUCCAAAUCAUGGCGUCCUUCUUUGCAGAGUAUUUCAGAAUCCAGCAGCUGACUAUAGUUGUGACUGAAAUAUCGACAGUGGGACUCUUUAAAAUCAUAGAAUGUUGACACAAGGAACCAACAGAAGGCCAAUCACAUCUUUAGUACAUGGGUACAGUGGUGGAUUCAGAAUUUAGAUGUCGUGGGUUCUUAAAUGUAUAUUUAGCUCUAUCUAAACUUGAUUUUCACACAUACUGACAGAGUUCGAUCGCGAAGUACUGGGUUAAUGAACCCAUAAAUCGAUAGUUGGAUCCGCCGUUGGUUGUUGAAUGAUAAUACCUCUGUGUAAAUUACAAUGGAAAUGCGAUCAUCCCUUCUGCGUAAAAUAUUCCAUAAUGAAAAUACAUUAUUUUGCAUAA